AUGAUUUCAUAUUUCAUUCGACAGCUUUAUUGGAUCCUUCUCUUGAUCGACCAUGCUUUCGUACUCACCACUUCGGACCCAGAAGGGGAAAGGAUUCCUAUGCUUAUAGAUUUAAAUGCGUUCCCACCGGAUGAGCCUCUAACUACGUCUCGACUCUGUUCCUUACAACCGAUUCCUUCAUCAGAUGCUUUGAAGAGAGAUUCUGUCGCACAGAGCUACCCGCACUGGCUAGCAUCCGCGUCAAAGACUUUUCCGGUGAAUGAUCAUUCGACUAGUCCCCACAAGCGCAAGAGUGUUGAUGCCGGUAUAGAAAAGAUGGCGCUGAUUGACCCGGCCCAAAAAAGGCAGAAGACUAGUUUAGAAUACCAAAAGAACUGGGUAGUCGAGAAUGAAGUUAGUCAACCGCAAACAACUGAGCCGGUCAACUUGCGAGAAAAAGAAAAACCAGUGAUUGAGAAAUCCAGAACUUCGCCCAAUGAUCGAGAUGUGGACAUUAGCCGACUCGAAGAAAGUGAAAGAAAACGUGUACCGUUCAACGUCAAAGACUGGAGUUUUGUUAGAGCAAGUUCGAACAUGCAUAGUAAUGAGGAUAACGAGAGGUUCAAGAAUUGUUUCUAUGUUAUGAAAACAUGGAAAAGAAAUAUCGAAUUGGUAGACUUGAACCUAAAGCCUCCUCAAAACGUUAAUGAAGAGUUCUGGCUCCCAAAACAGUAUGAAAGAGUCUUUGUUGACCGAUUUAAAGAGAUAUCAUCAUCGAAACUUCGCUAUCCAGGGGAUAAAGUGUUGUUACAUAGUCACAGAAAUUCUCAGAUUUUGAACACCAUCUUGAAACUGACAGAUGAGAAACUUGAUCUUGAAGGUUACCCGGUUUUUUCGAGCUACAUCGUAGAAUACAUCGCCCAAAAACUUAAGCAAAAUUUGAACAAGGCUCGCACCAAAUCUUGGGGUAGAACUGGAAGACUUCAGCCAAGAAUUGAAAAUAUCAAGAAACUAACCAAAUGCGCCACUUUCAUGCAUAUAGUCCUUCUUUCUCUUUUCAACGAACAUCAAAAUGGAAUAUUGACAAAAGGUUACAUUGAAGACUUUCUGAUUUACCUCGGCCACGUCUGGCGCGACUUUGAAAGCGGUUCAAAUAAUAUUCUCAAAGAUGACACGGGCCAUAAAAUGUACAAAUUGCUGAACUUCCAGGUGAAUUGGGAAACUGCAGGCGCAGGAAGCAUCCUGUCAACGGCCUGGAGGAUCGUCCGAUACUGCGCAAAAGAAAGGGGUGAAUUUUUCCCAACAGAGCAUGCUAUCGUCGCGGAGAUGGUCAACAAGAUAAUUUUUCAUUCAAACUAUGAAACUAUCAUCAAUAAAGCCCAAGAAACAGUGCAGCAGCGGCAAGCGACCAAAAUCCUAACCAAGGUUAGAAAUCUGGGAUAG